AUGCUGUGGUUCUUUCGAGGUAAUGUAAACUUAAGCAGAAUCUUGCGGAACACUCAGACCGAGGCUAAUGUGCCUGACUCACAGGAAUCCCAGGGAUCUGUCAAUUUGGACACUAGAAGCCCGACAUUAGUCAAAAGGAUGCUACAGUUUCUUUAUACUGGACACUACACAGUUGAAGACAAUACGACCAAAAAUCUUUCAGCUGAAGAACAUGCCGUUGACCAAAUUGCAACGUCACUGUCAAAUAAACUUGCAGCGAGCCUUACGGACGAAUGCUCAGUGAAUAAAAAGACUUCAGUAGCUGACGAGGGCCCUCUAACAGGCUCCAGCGAGCAAAUGGAUGCUAUCGACGAAUCAUUGGCUGAUUGCCACCCAUGCUACUUUCAUCUCCGCAUGUAUGGAGAAGCGGAUUACUUCUUGAUCAAAGAUCUGAAGACCAAAGCAGCAGAGAACUUUCGAGAUUCAUUUGAAAAUUGCUCCGAAAAGCAGAUAUUGGCGCUGGUCAUCAAGGAACUCUAUUCAACAAAUGCCGACUACCGAGAUAUUAGGAAGUCAGUAAUAGAACUGAUUGUGAAAAACCUGCGAAAACUUCAUGGAGGGCUGACCCCGGGGAUUGAUUACGACCUCUUGACAGCGUAUCCAGAAUUUGCUGCUGAAUUAUGCAUAGCGACCAUGGAAAAGUAUUUGAGUGUGUUGUCCAGCCUCAGACAGGCGCUACCCCUUUCCGCGGUUGAAUACAAGACAUUUGAAUUCAAAAACUUCGAAUACCCAUGGGGCAUAGGAGAACAUGGGGAAAGUGGAGAAAGUGGGGCCGAAUGA